CCAAAGCUUCCUUGGCCAGAGCUGCUUCUUCUUAACCAAACUUCCAAAAGAGUGAUGGAAAGGAUCAACUCGAAGCUGUACCUGGAAAACUGUUACAUAAUGCAAGAGAAUGAGAGGCUGAGGAAGAAAGCAGAGCUUCUGAACCAAGAGAAUCAAGCACUUCUCACUGAGCUGAAGCAGAGACUCUCUCAGACUCAGGCCACUCACAACAGCAACAAAAACAGCUCAACAAACAAACAAGGCCCAAACUCCAUUCCUGAUCUCAAUCUCUGUUCUACAUCCUCCAACACCAAUGCUUCCAAAUCUACCAAGAAGAAAUGA